AUGUUGUCUUUCAAGUCACCUCUCUGGUUCGUUUCUUUGGCAGCAGUGGUCGGUACGGCCUCAGCUGCCCAGAAGUUUGGCCUUUACGCUUAUGGCGAGAAUGUAGGAGGGCUGCCCCUUUACUACGUUGAUGGUAGCGCCGUCGUAAGUCCAAAGACUCCCGAAAACGGGACCAAUGUAGCCCCGGUUGCUUUCCACAAGGAUAGCGAUAACGAACUUAUCGGAAAUCCAAAUACAACCAGCACUGCCUCUACGCCCGCUUUCACGGACGCAUCACUUUUCGUUCCUGGCCCAAACUCCAAUGACAAGGAGAUGGGGUUCACAAGCGAUCCUUCCUCAAACCAAGUCACCAACAAGUUUGUCUGGUACGGUAACUUCCUGCUUGUCGAGAAUGGCUCUGGGGAGUAUACCUCGUUGUUCUCCGUCAAGAAAAGCUCGACGCACGAUGAGGAUGGAAGCUAUGAUCUUUACUGGAACGUGACGGACUCCGAUGAAGAGGUUAUCACUAUUUCCAUGCGGUCGGUUGCGCCUUCUAAUAAAUAG